AUGUCCAAGCCAAUUGCUCCCCAUCAUUCUAUGGAUAUUCCCCAUGUCACUGCGGUGGAGUUGCCAUUAAUUGUCAAAAACACAGAUAAAGCAGUGAAAAUGCUUGGUGGUAAAGACAAAAUCAAGCAGGUAGUAAACUCAAACAAUAAGGCAGGUAACUCCUACAGCCAUACCUCCGUUGAAAACACGUUAGAGUUGAGACUUCGGUCCGAUCCAUUCCAUCAUCCGAUUCAAUCCAGUUAUAAUACUAGCGAAAAAGUGCUCAUUAAAGUGUCAAUACCUUCCAAAAGUAUACCUGAAGACUAUAUCAAGAAUCCAAGCAAGUAUUCAAUUCGAGACUUGAUUCAAUUGAACGAUAAGAAUAAAGAAACUGCGAGACAUAGAGUUAAGCCAGUAGCCAUCAUCGAUAAGACGUACCUGUUCAAGUCAAUAGCAGAUUUCCAGAUCAGCACCAAGAACAACGAUACCGUUCAGGACUUCAAUAAAUCAAUCCUAAAUUUUAAGAACUACGAGGACGUACAAAAUUAUUUUGAUAAGAAUGAACAGUUGAUGGGCAUCCCUGAUUACAAGAACUUGGACUAUUACAAGAAUGUCGACCAUAAGCUACCACCUCCACCGGUACUUUCGCCAAUUCGAUUUCCUUUUGACUACAAGUACCAAAAAAAUCCAUUUACCACUGCUAUUAAGGACUUGGAAAGUGGAGAAAUCAAGGUCGUUUCGACUAAGAACACUCUCAAGCUUCACACCAAAAUGAUCGAUUACAACACGAAUAAUGUACCCACAGCACCUGCACAAGAAUUGGUGGAAAAAUUGAAAUCGCUACGUGAAACCAGGCCUGCCGUAAACUCUCUUGAUUUUCAAUUAUUGCAAUGCAUGGAUUACUUAACCAAACUUUUUGAGAUCAAGCCUAUUUGGUUGAGAAAACAAUUAGAGGAUAUCGUGCCUGUCGAUCUCAAGAAGUUCAUCAAGCAAUCAUUACCAUACGUUUCAUACAUUUACAAGAGUGGCCCAUGGAGAUUUUGCAAUGUUAAGUUUGGAGUGGAUCCCAAAAGCGAUAGCAAGUACUGGAUAUACCAAAGUGAAUACUUCAGGAUUGCAGGAUUGAGGUUCGUACUACCUAACAGUACUACUCAAAGAAUUGUACCAAAUACUGUGGCUCAGCUGGCAAGUGCCGAAAGUGUUGGCCUUGGCCCAAUUGCAGUUUCAGAGUUCUUGUUUUUCAAUGGAGUCUCGUUGCCAUCAACUGUUACCUACCAGAUUGGUGAUAUCAUAGAUUCAGAUAUCACCACAAUUAUUCAAGAUAAUCAAAAUCAGAUGGGGGGUCAAUUCCUACGCGAUAAACCCGAAUUCCAAGAUGGAUGGAUCAACAAACAAACUAUGGAGGUUAUCAGACGAAUAGUGAGAUACAAGCUCAAUAGGAUAGUGAAGGAGGAGCCUAUAGACCAAACUAAAAUCUAUAAGAUUAUAGAGGCAGACUAUACCGAAAACGACGAAAACGAGAAAAAAGAGCAUGAAGAAGCCGAAGAAGUAGAAGAAGAUAUUGACGAAGAUGAUGCAGAAGCUGAAGAUGAAUUGAAUGGUAAUGACGUGGAUGAAGAGGACAUUACAAUGGCUGAUGCUGAGAAUGGUGGCGACGAUAACGAGAACGUCUCUACCGAUUUAGAAGGAACAAUGAAACGGAUCCGCCAAUUCAAUCCCACUAUUUCGAAGCAUUUAGAAAAUUUGGUAGGGUUUAUCAAACAGGAUUCAAUCGAUGACUAA